AUGGGCGGGGAAGGUGGCUUCAAAGGCGGCUUCGGAGACAAGGGCAAAGGCAAGGGCAAGGGGAAGAAGGGCAAGGGCAAGGGCAAGGGCAAGGGCAAGCAGGAGGAGAAGCAAUGGGUGCCCAUGACCAAGCUGGGGCGCCUGGUGAAUGAUGGCAAGAUCACCAGCUUGGAGGACAUCUACCUCCACUCUUUGCCGAUCAAAGAGCCAGAGAUCAUCGACCACUUCUACCCUCCUGGGUCCUUGAAGGACGAGGUGCUGAAGAUCCACCCGGUGCAGAAGAUGACCUCGGCGGGCCAGACCAACCGCUUCGUGUGCUACGUGCUGGUGGGGGAUACCAACGGCCACAUCGGGCUGGGGUCCAAGUGCGCCAAGGAAGUGGCCACCGCCAUCCGUGGCGGCAUCAUCGCGGCCAAGCUCAACCUCAUCCCGGUGCGCCGCGGAUUCUGGGGCAACCGGAUCGGGUUGCCCCAUACAGUGCCUAUGAAGGUGCACGGCAAGUGCGGCUCCGUGCGCGCGCGCCUCAUCCCGGCGCCCCGGGGCUCCGGGAUCGUGGGCUCGCCGGUGAUGAAGAAGAUGAUGGCCUUCGCCGGGAUCGCGGACUGCUUCACCUGCUCCUGCGGGCACACGCGCACCACCGCCAACUUCGCCAAGGCCACCUUCGAGGCGCUCAAGGCCACCUACGGCUAUCUGACCCCAGACCUGUGGCGGCCCACGCAGCACGUGAAGCCCCCCUUCCAGGAGUGGUCGGACUACCUCGCGCAGAGCAAACAGGUCGCUGCCUACUGA